AUGGAGUCCUUUUCGACUGUCCGCACCUUCGCUUCGGGCGACAUCCUCGCCCUCGCCAAUGCCUACUACGCCCAGGGAUCUCUCAGCCAAUGGGGCCCUGACGGCUUGUUCAACGAGGUGCUGGGACUGGUUCCCGGCGCCUCACCCGUCAUCGUCCCAAUCGCCUGGGACAUUAACGGGCUCCUGGGCCACCUCGUCUUCGUGGUGAACCCCGGGAUGCCUGACGCCUGGAUCCUGCGCAUUGUCCUGGCGUCGGAGUUCCUGUGGCUGGGCCUCCACCCGGUCGGCACUACGGAUGAUGAGUUGAUCUGCCUUUGA